AUGCUUAUAGCGGCACCGAGACUCAUAGCUGGUUCUGCUUUAACCCGUAAUUAUUUUCGACUCCAACGAGGUGUAUUAUUAUCCUCUUCACCAAUCGUCUGUGCGAGUCGAUGGUCCUCUGGAGUGGCAGGAGGUGAUGAAAAGAAAACAUCACAGUCAUCUCCUAUAUUAACAGCCGCAGAGUUUUCAUCCAUUGCCCCAAUGGUAUUGCUCCGUCAGGCACUAAAACAUCAUACGAUGAUGAAUGAUGCCCCUAAUGUUACUGUUACGGAUGAUGUGAAAAGUUCUCGUGAUGUAAUUAGCCGUGCAGUUUUUGAUUAUUAUUGCUCUGAAAGUCAUGUCUCUAAUAGUAGUGAGGCGUUACGAUUACUUGAGGAGGCUGGCGUUAUUGUUUCUAUUUCAGAUGGUAAAGCGAUUCAUCUGCGUCCUGCACAACUACUUGAGAUGCAGGAAAGCCUCACGGAGAAGGGAGGAAUAAGUAAUGUUUCUCUUGAUUUUUUUCUAGAAGAGGCAAAUACACGUUUAUUAGCAGCAGAAGCCGAAAAGGCCAAAAUGGAAGUUGAACUUGAACCAGCACUGAAACGAGCUGUGCAUUGGCGUCGUCUUGUCUGGGGAGGAGCACUUUGCUUUGCUGGUAUGCAACUAGCUAUUAUAUCGAGAUUGACUUAUUUUGAUUUGGAUUGGGAUAUUAUGGAGCCUAUUUCAUAUUUUAUUGGAACAGCUACCACAAUUGUAUUUUUUCUCUACUUUAUUCGCCAUGGGCACUCACUUACAUGUAGUGAUUAUGAUCGAACAAUGUUACCAGCGAAAGUGAAAAAAUAUGUUUCAAAGGAUUUUGAUUGGAAAAAGUAUGAGGUGGUCUGUAGAAAAGUGGAGGCAGAACGUCAAAUGGUGAACAGCAUUAGAAACUGGGUUCGAGAGCACUAA